CACUGUCCACUCAUCAUCACAUCAGUGGCGUACUCACGGGGGGGGUUCAUGGGGUUUGAACCCCCCCCCAUUGGCCGUAUUUUUUAUAUUUCAUAUGGGUAUCACAAUACAAUAUUUUUUAUUAUUAAGUGAUUAAAUUAAUAUAUUAAACAUCGAGAUAGACAGGACACGUCAAAGGAACACAAAAAAUUGUGUCUGAAAAGUUCCCUAAGGCUAUAUAUGUUCACUGUGCAGCCCAUUCUCUAAAUCUGGCUGUAUCUGCUGCUUGUGAUAUACGAUCAAUUAGGAACUGUUUGGGUAUUGUUGAAAAAAUGUACUGUUUCUUCAACACACCUAAACGACAAGAUAUGUUAUUAAGUGAAAUUGAAGAAAGUGACUUUAAUCCUAAAUCGAAAUCAUUAAAACGCCUAUGUGCCACAAGAUGGGUUGAAAGAUUUUCGGCAUUUCAUGACUUUGUGGAAUUAUAUUCCUGUGUGGUCAGUGCGCUCGAUAAGAUAUCUGAGUGGAAAGACUCAACAGCUACAGAUGCUAAUAUCCUGUCAAAAUCUAUGGAUUCUGAUUUUUUUGUCUCUUUACAAGUUAUUAAGGAGUUGUUUGGAUAUGGUUUGCCUCUAUGUAAACUAUUACAAAAAGUUGAACUUGAUUUAAAAGAAGCUGUAGACUUAGCUGAAGUGACUGUGACAAGUAUUCAAUGUUUACGUGAUAAUAUAGAACAAGAGUUCAAUAAAAUGUUCAGAGAAGCUGAGAAAAUGGCUGAUGUGGUUGGCGUGAGUAUUUCAAUUAAACGUCAGAAUAAAAUUAACAAAAAUCGAGCAAACCUCUGCAUUGAUAAUAUUACACCAGAAAAAUAUUAUCGUAUAACAAUAGCCAUACCAUUUAUUGAUUCUUUUAUAGAACAAUUAAAUGAAAGGUUUUUGAAGCACAAAAAUAUAUUAAAAGGAUUUGGGUGUUUAUUUUCUAAACCCUUUACUCAAGAGUUUGACGAACUGGUUCAGUAUUACCUAGAUACCGAUCUACAAAUUGUUACAGCCGAAUUACUACUAUGGCACACUAAAUUGGAGAGAAAUAAAGAAGAACCGAAAAAUGCAUUAGAGGCGUUAAGACUGUGUAACAAUGAAAUAUUUCCUAAUAUCCAUCGCCUGAUUAAAAUUCUGUGUACUAUACCAGUAUCUACAGCAACGCCAGAGAGGACUUUUUCUUGUCUUAAAAGACUUAAAAACUAUUUACGUAGUACAAUGACAGAGACUCGUCUUAAUGGACUCACAAUGUUGGCAAUUCAUGGGGAUGUGCCACUAACAGCUGAGGAAGUGGUGGACGAUCUGGCAAAAAAGCCAAGGAAAUUAGACUUUAUAUUAUAAUGUGUUAUUGUGUUAAAAUAUAUAUAAUUUUUUUAAAUAGUGCAAAAUUUGUAAUUUUUAUAACU